UUGUCACAAGAACCAAAAGUCUGAAAUUUUAAAAAUGGCAAAGGAGCCCACCCCAUACCCAGUCCCCACCCUACCAGAAAAGGUCAUGGAAGUCCACAAAGGUUGAUGGCGAAGCCCUGUUCUGAAAAACUGGCUGCCACCACCACAAAUCUCCGUUCUUUUUCUGUCUACAAUGUCCAGAUUUCUUCCAUAGCCAAUAGCACCCUUUACUUUUUCGUUUCACUCCGUGUUGGUUAUCCCCUGUAAAGCUUCUUUUUAAUGGAGUAUAAAGCUUCUUUUACAUACUGAACCCCUUCAAAGGACCCAGAGCUUUGUUACUUCUUCUGGAAUGGUCGUAAAAGUCUUCUCGUUUUUUCGAUAAAACUCUUACGGAUUGGAAUCAUUGGAUUGAAUUUUCGUAAUCUGUGUCUUAUAAACUGGAGUUGAAUUAGGGAGUACACAUUUGUAGAUUGUCGGCUUAUGGAUUUUCCCUCCAGGUUUUGUUGCCUAAGGGUCUUCGAUCGGAAACAGAACAGGAAGAAACAGUCAACGUGGAGAAUAUUCUCAUUGAAGGAACUGCAUUCUGCUACAAACAAUUUUAAUUAUGAUAACAAGCUCGGGGAAGGUGGAUUUGGCAGCGUUUAUUGGGGCCAACUUUGGGAUGGAUCUCAGAUUGCAGUGAAGAGAUUGAAGGUUUAUAGCAACAAAGCAGAGAUGGAAUUCGCUGUUGAGGUGGAAAUUCUUGCACGCGUUAGACAUAAGAAUCUUCUAAGUUUACGUGGUUAUUGUGCAGAAGGUCAAGAACGUUUGAUUGUGUAUGAUUACAUGCCUAAUCUCAGUUUGCUCUCACAUCUUCAUGGACAACACUCUGCUGAAUGCCUUCUUGAUUGGAAUCGACGAAUGAAUAUUGCUCUUGGAUCUGCCGAAGGAAUCCUAUAUCUUCACCACCAUGCGACCCCACACAUAAUCCAUCGCGACAUUAAAGCAAGCAACGUGUUGCUAGACGCGGAUUUCAAAGCCCAAGUAGCCGAUUUUGGAUUUGCAAAACUAAUCCCAGAUGGAGCGACCCAUGUAACCACACGGGUCAAAGGGACUCUCGGAUACUUGGCACCGGAAUACGCGAUGCUAGGAAAAGCAUCCGAAAGUUGUGAUGUUUAUAGUUUUGGAAUUCUUUUACUUGAACUUGCUAGUGGGAAAAAACCGAUUGAAAAAGUAAAUGCAAGAAGAAGAUCGAUCACGGAGUGGGCUUUGCCAUUGGCGUGUCAAAAAAAGUUUAGUGAGAUUGCGGAUGUGAAAUUGAAUGGGGAUUAUGUGGAAGAUGAGAUGAAAAGGGUGAUUCUUGUUGGGCUUAUUUGUGCGAGAAAUCAAGCGGAAAAAAGGCCAACGAUUCUUGAGGUUGUUGAGUUGUUGAAAGGGGAGGUGAAGGAGAAGGUUGUAGCUUUGGAGAAUGAUGAAAUGUUUGUUGAUUAUAAUGAUGGGGUGUCUGUGGCUGAUGAUAGUAGUGAGUUUAUUUCAGAGGAGAAAGAACAAAAACAAGAGAUUGAGAAGGUGGGAUUAUAGAUCUUGAUUGUGUUGUUUGGUUUGUAAAAAGGGUUUGAUUUUUAUUUUAUUUCAAACUUAUUUUAAUUGCAUGUGAUGCUAGUGGAUUGUGUUGUUUGGUUCUUCUUUUACUUUUUCCCUAUUAGAGUGUGGAUAUUAUUAUGCUAUUUGUUAAAUCAAGGUUUUUGAUGUA